AUGGAAGCUACAAAAAACGCGCUCAGAUCACGCAAAUUUUUCCACCAAUUUGAAGGAAUUGCUACUCUCAGGGAUGGUCGGUACAUUUCCGAAUGGAAUCAAUAUACCAGUGAGUUGGCCAAAACACCUAGCAAUCCAAAUUUGUGGUGCAAUCGUGCUUUGAUAUGUCUUAAAGAAGGUUAUCCCGAAAUUGCACUUAUGGAUGCUAAGAGAGUUUUACUCUUAUGUGAUGAAAGUGAAGACAGUAUCGAAUUACAGAAAAUAAUUUACAAGGGACGAUAUUAUUAUGCCGAAGCUUUGCGUGCUUUAGGUCAUCCUGGGCUUUCUGCCUCGGAAUACGAGAAAUUAAAUGUUCUGCCGGAAAGCUUUGGCGAGAUGACCAAGAUGAAACGGGAUGAAUUUCGGAAAUUAGCAUCAACAUUGAAGAAAAUAGAUGACAUACGCAUUCAGGUAUCACCAGAUGGAACACCAACAAAACCAAUAGAUGAGAUGUUACUCCAGGCAAUCUCAGAAAAAUGUGGACUUAGUAACAUUCUAUUGACAUAUAUUGACUCCGGAUGGUUUGAAUUCAGUGGUCAGUACCCCUGGGAUUACCGUCCGGGUGAGCGCAUUUCAGCUACUGUGCUAAGAGAACUUCAGGAUCAACUUGAUAUAGCCAGUAAUAAAAAGUUAAAGGUUGUUUUACGAAAGCUUCCACCUGACAUAGUUCUUGAAUCAAAAUUGACAAUUCACCUGGGAAUUGAGGCUACUCAAGACUUUUCGAUCCAUGAACGUAUUCUCGAAGAAGAUCCAUUUGUUGCGGGGCAUAAUCACUUUUCUGAUAGAUGUGAAUAUUGUACACUUGAACUGGUUGGAACUUCUGGUCAUCCAAGAUGUGCCGUCAAGUAUCACUGUCACAAUUCUCAAUGUAAAGAGAUCUUUUGCAACAAAAAAUGCUACAAACUAGCAAUGAAGCUUUAUCAUAAACAACUUUGCGGAAAGAAUAUUGACACUAUCAUUCGUUCUGCACAGAGAGUUCGUCCAGGUUGGAACCAACUUUUUAUUUUGGUGUUGAAACUUUUUGCUUUGGCCAAGAAACGAGACGUAAACCCAUUAGAUAUUAAAGAAAUUAAGUAUCUUUCACGUAAACACGCAAGCUCACAUUACUGCGAAGGACAUCUUUCUUGGGAUGUUGAAUACGAAAUAAUCUAUAUUGAGAUCUUAAAACUUUUAGAAAUUUCUUUAUAUGACAUACAAUAUGAUUUUUGGGUAUUUAUAACCUUGAUGGCGAUUCUUGGAGCAAAUGUAUUUGGUGGAGAUGGGGACUCUCGAAACACUCUUGGUAUUUUUCCGUUGGCAUCUCUUUUUAAUCACAGCUGUGAUCCUUCAGCUACAUAUAUGAAUGCAACUGAAAGAUAUAUUCCUAAGGAUUUGACUUCAGAAUAUAUGGAACUACAUCGAAAAUACAAACAAACAGGUUGCAAUUCCUUUCGUUUUACUAUUAUCACCUUGAAGCAUGUGAAGAAGAGACAAGAGAUCUUUAUUUCUUACGUUGAUUCAACAGAUGACAAACAAAAACGGCAUAAUGAAUACGUUAAAAGAUCACCACUUGUAAACGAAUCUACAUAUUCACACGAUCUAAUUUUGAGUUAUAUAAAGUUUCUCGCACCUUAUUUGUUUGUCCGAUGGGAAUUUGGACAGAGCUUAGCUUCUAAAGAUCGUGGUGCACAAAAUUAUGUAGAUAUACUUGGAACUUGCAAUGAUACGAGUUUUUAUUGUGCUCAAGAAAUUUUAUAUGGUGAAAUAUCCUACGGACCAUUCAAUUCUAAUACUGAAGAUCAUAUUGUUGAUGACUAUAUAAAACUCGGCAAGUUAG